AUGUGGCCUAUGCUUCUUAAUAUGACACGCGACGAAUGUCGUCGGACGCUUAGAAGACUCGAAUUAGAAGCCUACUCGAAUAUGAUCAGUGUAUUCAGGGCACAAGGGGCAUUAGAAGACAACAGAAAAAAGUUGCUUGAGGAACUACGCGCCGUUUUACAUAUAAGCAAUGAUCGGCAUAGCGCUGAAGCGCGUCGCGUGUCUAAUGAUGAACUCCUAGCUACUAUUGCUGAACAGCUAGCUGGUCCAAACACAGGCUUAGGAUGGAUCAGUGAGGGCCGUAGACGAAUCCCGCUAAUGCCACGCGGCAUCGCACAAACCAUGUAUACAGAAAUAGCAGAUAAAGCGGCUGAAGCUGCGGCAGCAGAAAAUAAAGAAAUCAGAAAAAGACUUGAGACUGAAAAAUUAGUAGCUCCUAAAUCUAAUGAAGAAGAAAUGCUAGAUUCUGAAAGCCAAACUGCAGAGGGAGCUCUUCAUUCAAAUGAAGUAACAGAUGAUAUGGAACUAUAUCCACCGAUUGCCAUGGAAGAUCAUACAGCAAAAAUUUGGGAAACAGAGUUAAUAUGCCGUAAAAGAAAAAUACCUGAAGGAGGAGCAAUACCAGACGAAGCAUCCACACCAGUCAAGAACAUGAGAAAUAUACCAUUAAAUACUAACCAAAAACACUUGAAUUUAUCGCAAGUAUAUUCAAGAUUUUCACAGCCAUCUGCAAGUAAAUCAUCAGGGCACUCAAAACACUCAUACAACCAAGUGAGCAAGGUAUCAACUAGUAAAUCGAACCAGCCGCACGGUCCCCGGCCCGCGCCGCACAAGCACCGCGCGCACCGCGCGCCCGCCAAGCCACACGGGAAGGCCAUGAAGAAGAACCAGGACAUGCCCAUGUCUCCCGGCAAACAUCAGUCCCAGCAAAUGGACUAUUCCGGCCCGCCCGGCUCGUUCCAAGCCAGUUAUGCGCAGUCAGUCAUAGCUGGUAAAACCAAGGCGGACUACAUGGACGAGAUGAAGCCUAAAGCGAUGUCACCGGGCGUGGCGGCAGACUCGCCCGCCGCGGUGCCGCACGAGCUAGCCGACAGCGCGCACCCCGACGACGCCACGCCCAAGCAGACCCUUGGUGCGAAGCCCUGCCAACUCAUCGUCAAGAAACGAAGCGACAUACCCGACCACAAGAAAAUUCAAAUGUCAGAAUUCAAAGUCUUACAAAAACCCACCGACGAUGUCAAGUUCGUAUCGAACAGGCAAGUCGUAACAGCCCCGAGCUCCACGUCAAAGCCACUCGCCGCGAGCAGUAAACUCGUCACCACCAAAGUCAUCAGUUCCCUACCGAAAGCAUGCUCGUCCAACGCCCCCGUCUUACAAUCGGAUAAGAUGAUUGUUGUAUCAAAAUCCUCUAUAGAAAAUAGAAUGACAAGUUCGAAAAUUAUCAUCACCUCCUCGGCCAUCUCGACGCCGAACAAGGACAGCAUACACACAAGUACAAAUAGUAUAGUGAAUAAGACGUCGGAAGCUCUGACUCCCAAGGGCAUCCCGGCUACAGAUUUAAAAGUAUCCGCUAAAACCUUCGUUCUUAAUCCUAAGUCGGGACAAAAAAUGGUCGUUCUGCCGGCGAAAACGAACAAGGACGUACAAUUACCGUUAUUUCAUUUUAAAGGAAUCCCGACGGCGAUGAAACUUGUUUCUGUGAGUUCGCAUCUCAACACUCCCACGACGAAAGCACCGGGUAUCAGCGUCAUGUCGAAGCCGGCGGUCGUCAACGCGAUACCUUCUAGCGCGAAAAUCGUCGGCGUAGAACCUAUCAAAACUGCCAACAUGGCGGAUAUUGUCCCCGUAAAGGGUCUCGUAUCUCCCAUACCGAGCACUAAAAUAAGUAAUCCAAUCGUAAGACCUUUAAGUACUAAAGGAAAUGUUAUAGUGGUCCAAAAAGGAGCUACGCUAGGCAAAACUCUCACUUUCACUAAAAAUGGGAAUGAUGUAUCUAAAAUAAUUAUGGGUAAAAACGUCAAUAAAUUAUUACAAACUUCUAAAUCUGAUCAAGGAGAUCCGACUAAAUCCGGAAAUGUAAUAGUUUUAGAACUAAAUAACGAACAAACGGGACGGACGACGACCAUGUCCGAAAUAUUGGGCAGUCGUCAUACUGCUCCUUGUCCUGUUAAGGAUAAGAAGACUUUAGAUCAAGAAAUCACCCAAGAAACGCCGGUUUUAUUUGAACAUCAAAUGACGUCGGAGAUGUGCAACACGAGCAGCUUAGAUUCGACAACGAGUUUACAAGAAAUGGAAAGGUUAGAAGAAUCCUCUCUAGGUAUCAUCGAGAAGAGUGAGAAAGACAAAUCGGAAUUCCUGAAAGACUCCGACGGCGGCAAGGACUCCUCGAGUGUCACCGACUGGGAGAUGGAACUGGACACCGUUUCCGGAAAGAGUAAAGACGACGUAGAUAAAUUAAAUUCGUUACACUUAGAUUUGGGUAUGUCCAGCGAUAGCGAGAACGAGUUCAUGGUUGAUGGGCGCAAGGCGAAGAGUCACCUGCCCGCGGAGCGCGCGCACGGCGAGACCCCGGGUGAGGGCGGCGAGCGCUACGCGCCGGGCGCGCUGGCCCGCACGCUGCUCAGCCAGCUGCAGGACGACGGCUCGUCCAGCAACGACUCGUCCUUCGCCAUCAAGGCCAAGCCCAAGCUCGAGGCCAAGCUGGACAAGUGCGAGUCGGACGCGCUGUCUAAGGCGCGCGCCAAGCUGUCGGAGAAGGUGGCGGAGGCGCGCUCGCAGCAGAAGCGUAUCGACGUCUACAGCACCGCCAUAUCGGCGGAAAUCAACCUAGACUCCUUCUCAUACCUCGACGAGGCUAUGAUGGCCGGCGACGAGGAGCGCCCCGACCACCUCAGCUUGCUCGCCGAAGACUCCGCCUCCGCCGACUCGCAGACUGUAAGUGAAACUUUGCCUUUAGACAAAAAUGAGCAA